UCCAUGAACAUUCUUUAUUUUUUGCUUCUUGAAAAUGUACAGCUUUCUAAAUUUGUAUUGUGUUUUGGUGGCAGUUCUGAAGAAGGCUAAACAAGUUACUUCCACUGUGCCUCAAAAGUCAAAGGAAGUGUCAUUUGUCAUGAUGGAGGCUUCUCCCAGGGGUGCCAUUUCUCUUCUGAAAGAUGUAUACAAAAGUACAGAUUUGCCAUGUGAAGAAAAUGAGGUAACCCAUAAAGAACUCUCCUUAAAGGGUGCUGAUAAGAGGGAAAUAUCCUUACAAAAAUAUGACACGUCAUAUGAAGAAGAUAAGUUCUCUGUUGCGGGAGCUUCUCUUAAAACAGCAGUACAUAGUUUUCGGACAACGGUAAAGGAGAAAAAUGGAGUUUCUAAAAGUCAAUUGGAUUUUAGUCCCGAAGAAACUAUAGUCUCUGCUGAUGAAGACAUCUUUAGAAAGAUUCAGCUUAAACAAGAAAUUGUACAAGUAAAAGAGGAUCCAACUAUAAAAGAAAGAAUUCCUCACCUGAAAAUUGAAGUUCCCCUUGAAGAUAAGGAAUUAACUGUAAAGGAAUAUAAAGUUACUCCACAUGAAGUUCAGAUUGCUUUAAAUAAGGAACACAGAUUGAAAAUUGAAAGCACCUUUCAAGAAACUCGCAUAAUUCCCAAGGAUCAAGAAAAAACUGAAGAAAAGCAAGAUAGACAGUUUCAAGGAUUGGAAGUUACGCAUUUGAAAGGUCCUGGGGAACCCAAGAAGACUAUUCUUGAGAGGGCUACUGUGUCAGUUAAAGAAACUGCUCCACAGAAAGGUACCAGAAGAAACACAAAGAUGUUCUUUUAAAAUAUAAAUCUCAUGCUUUUUUCGGUGUACCUCUUUUUGCAAGUAUUAUUGUAUGCACCAAGGACUUUGUGUUCACCUAGUUAAACAUGCCUUUCUUUUGUAAGUUAAAAGCAUUAAAGAAGGACCAUAAAGCCAAAGCCUCUUAAUUCCAAAUAG